GCACUCCCCAGAGCUACAAGCCCACAAUCCAAUUCUCAGGUAACUGUAGCCCAAACCCGAAAAUCUUAUCUAGUCGCUGCGGCGACGUCAGGGACUGGGAGACAGGAGACAUCCGACGUCAGACCUCUUUUUUCUGAUGCAUCAACCAACUAAGCAAAUAUAAACCAUUGGAUCGCAGGUCGCAAUCCAAUUCUGGCCUUAGAUUUUCAGUAUCAUCUCCACGUAUCCGUUCCUAUUUUUAAAUAAGCCCAAGGCAGGGCUCCAGUUGACUGAAACAGAGCGUCUGCAAUUCUCAACUUCCUCGGCUGAGUCCACAUAUCGAAAUCUCUCACCAGAUAGUCCUGCUUACGUAUUUAUUGUUUUCUCCACCAUUGUAAAGGCGAAUAUUGAGAGCAUUGGGGAUCUGAGGGUCGAUGGAAAUAGAGCUGGUGGAAUUGUUUGAGGUCACGACGAAAGCCGCUGAUGCCGCUGCCAGUGAGGGAGUUUCCUCCAAUGGACCGGAGGUGGUGAGGUGCGUCGAUGCACUGAAACAGCUCAAGAAGUUUCCGGUUACUUAUGAUAUUUUGGUAUCUACUCAGGUUGGUAAACGACUUCGACCUCUCACAAAGCAUCCUAGGGAAAAAAUCCAAACUGUGGCCUCUGACUUGCUAGAGAUUUGGAAAAAGGUAGUUAUUGAAGAGACCACUAGAAAGAAAAAUGGUGCUGUUGAUAAUAAAAGUUCAGGGAAAGCUGAGAUUUCAAUGGGAGAGACCGUUAACAUUGAGAAGGCUCAAAAAGCAGGUGCAGUAAAGGUUGAAAAGAUUGAUCGAGAAGAAGCUAUCAGGGUUGAAAGGGUGCCCAAAGAGGAGAAACGUGCUUCUAAUGUAAAGAAACCAUCACAAGCCCCCAUUGCUCCACCAAAGCUGACUGCAUUAGUGAAAUGCAAUGAUGCUUUACGUGACAAAGUUCGUGAACUUCUUGUGGAGGCCUUAUCCAAAGUUGCUAGUGAGGUUGAUGAGGAUGCCAGGGAUGAAGUAAGUGCAUGGGACCCAAUCCGAAUUGCUGUAGCCAUAGAAUCUGCAAUGUUUGAAAAGAUGGGUCGUUCAAAUGGAGCCCAAAAGGUCAAGUAUAGGUCCAUAAUGUUCAACAUGAAGGACCCAAAUAACCCUGAUUUGCGGAAAAGGGUUCUGCUUGGAGAGGUCAAACCAGAGAGACUCAUCACAAUGACACCUGAAGAAAUGGCAAGUGCACAGAGACAACGUGAAAAUAACCAAAUCAAAGAGAAAGCAUUAUUUGAUUGUGAGCGUGGUGGUCCGCCAAAAGCUACAACUGAUCAGUUUAAGUGUGGUCGUUGUGGUCAGCGCAAGACCACUUACUAUCAGAUGCAGACUAGGAGUGCAGAUGAACCUAUGACAACAUAUGUAACUUGCGUAAACUGCAACAAUCAUUGGAAAUUUUGCUAGUGGACAUAGGUAGGAUUGCCAUUCUCUGGAACAAAUUUGGAGCUGUUUACCACCUUCAUUGUAACAAAUCAUCAUCAUUUGAAUUUGGGAUCAGAUGUCUGGCUGAAAAUUCUUUCAUUUGUAUUUUUAAGGUCUUCAGGUGAUUUCUUCUAAUGUAGGAUUUUACCAUAUCUUUAAAAGGGAACUUUCUGCUGAGCA